AUGUCUCGCAGGACCAACCGCUGCUGUACAUUACCUGCGAUAACGCAGUUUGCGGUAUCUGCUCCUGAGGAGGGACUGCGGCUGUCAGACAGUGCUCUUUCGCUUCUGGGCCCUGGUGCGACUCUGAGGCGGCUUAUGGGUCUCUGGCGACCUGAAGAUGGGGCCGUACUGAGCGUUUCCAGCGUGCUCGCCUCCGUCACUUUGGGCUCCAUCGCCUUCCCAGUGGUCUGCAGCAUCCUCAAACUGUGCGUGGAUCCUCCUCAGCCCCUGGAGGAAGUCACGCUCUGCGGCUUCGUCGCUUGCAUGGAUUUCGGAUUUCUAAUCAAGGCUGCUCUCUUCAUUAAACAAGGAGCCACGAUGCAUCAACUCGUCCGGCUGUUAUGGGAAACCAGAGGAAGAUACAGCAAUGGAUUAAGCAACGAGAAGACUCGCACCCGCUAUGAGAAACUGGUGGGCCGUUUGUACGUUUACAUGCAGAUGGUGGUGGUGCCGGCGCUGCUCUGCUGGGUCUCGUCGCCACUGCUGUCCCAAGUUUUCCUCACCUCCAGAGAGGACGCUCCAGACGGUUCCAGACAGCUUCCCGUGCACGUCUGGCUGCCGGCCGAUGUGAAUCGCUCGCCAACAUAUGAGAUUCUGUAUGUAGCGCAGUCGUUCAGCCUGAUGGUGUUGUCUCAGGCCACUGUAUGCAUGGACGUUUUCUUUGUGCACCUCAUGCUCAUGGUUGCAGCUGAGCUGGAAGUCUUAAAUGACAACAUUUCAGCUAUGGAACAAGGACAGCUGCAGCGUGGUAGAUCCAGAUAUGAUGGUACUACCAUGUCUGACGAUCAAAACAUUGAUGAACGUGAAUUUAUCAGAGGUGAUCAUCUCCAAGAUGUUGCUCUAACGUCAUCACUACGUGCCGAGGAUAAACAUACGUAUGCAGAACUUGUGAAGAACGUUCACCAUCAUCAGCAAGUUCUGAGAUCUGUCAGCCUCUUGCAGAAAGCAAUGGAUGCAUCGAUUUUCAUUCUUCUUUUCAUCAACAUGGCUAACCUCUGUGGCACGGUGUUUGUGGCUGCUGUGAGCGAGAAACUCGUCAGCUCGGCCUUCAGCUGUGGUUGGCCUGAUUGUAACCGUCGUUUCAAACACAGCCUACUUAUCUUCAUGAUGGCGGCGAUGCGUCCGCUCGACAUUACUGUGGGCAAGAUGUGCAAGCUGUCCAAGCAGAUGCUGCUACAGGUGCUCAACGGGUCAUACGCGCUACUGAACAUGCUUUAUCAUUUCCACCGCACACUGUGA